UUUCCCUAGAUUUGAUUUUUCCCUUCCCAAACGCAACGGAGAAAAUCGAGACAGAGAAGAGGGAACGAGGAAGGAGAUAGAAAUGGACGGUAGCAAAUGGAUAGCUACGGCGGCCAGCAUAUGGAUCCAGUGCACCUCCGGCUCCUCCUACGCCUUCGGCAUCUACUCCUCCGCCCUCAAAUCCAGCCAGGGCUACGACCAGUCUACCCUCGACACAGUCUCCGUCUUCAAGGACAUCGGCGCAAACGUCGGCGUCCUCUCCGGCCUCCUCUACUCCUCUGUCGCCGCUCCUCGCUCUCCCUCGUCCUCCCUCGCCCGCGGCCCCUGGAUCGUUCACUCCGCCGGCGCAAUCCAGUGCUUCGCCGGCUAUUUCUUCCUCUGGGCCACCGUCACCGGGCUGAUUCCCCGCCCCCCCGUGCCCCUCACGUGCCUCUUCAUGUUCGUCGCCGCUCACGCGCAGACCUUCUUCAACACCGCAAACGUCGUCACUGGCGUUUGCAACUUCCUCGAUUACAGCGGCACCAUCGUCGGCAUCAUGAAGGGAUUUCUUGGUUUGAGUGGGCCUAUACUGAUCCAAGUGUAUAAGACUUUUCUUAAUGGCAAGCCAAGCACUUUCCUUCUACUGCUUGCACUUCUCCCAACUCUCAUCUCCCUCUUGCUCAUGUGCUUGGUAAGAGUUCACCAAAGAUACAUGGGAGAUGAGAAAAAGCACUUGAAUGGUUUCUCUGCAGUUGCUUUGAUUAUUGCUGCAUAUCUCUUGAUCAUUAUAAUCUCAGAGAACAUCUUCGAUUUUCCGCAAUGGGCACGCAUGCUCACAUUUCUCCUCCUUCUGCUCCUUCUAUCCUCACCUCUUGGAAUCACAAUCAAAGCCUGGAGGGAGGACUCAGAGAGAUCCUCACAAACAUUCCCCACAGAGAGGAGUGGACUACUUGAUAAAUCUGAAUCCAAGGAGUCCAAGAGGCUUUCUGUGGCAAAGGAAGAGAAUGGCGCCUCCCAUGAUGAAUUGCAGGACACUGGAGAAGACAUGAACAUCUUACAAGCAAUGUGUACGGGCAACUUCUGGCUGUUGUUUAUUGCCAUGGCUUGCGGGAUGGGCUCAGGGUUGGCGACAAUAAACAACAUAACCCAAAUAGGUGAAUCUCUCAGUUACACAACUGUUGAGAUAAACACCCUGGUUUCUCUAUGGGGUAUAUGGAAUUUUCUAGGCCGAUUUGGUGCUGGUUUUGUAUCAGACAUACUAUUGCGCCAAAGAGGAUGGGCAAGACCAUCACUAAUGGCUGUUACUCUCGCGACCAUGAGUGCUGGCCAUGUACUUAUAGCUGCUGGUUUUCCGGGGAACUUGUAUGUUGGUUCCAUACUAGUGGGGAUUUGUUAUGGUUCCCAUUGGUCGCUGAUGCCUACCAUCACUUCUGAGAUAUUUGGCGUGAGGCACAUGGGUACUAUCUUCAACACAAUCGCAGCCGCAAGUCCCGUUGGAUCUUACAUUCUUUCUGUGAGAGUAAUUGGCUAUCUUUAUGACAGGGAGGCUUCUGGCAGCAGGGAUUCAUGCUUUGGCACGCACUGCUUCAUGUUAUCAUUUUUUAUCUUGGCGUGUGUUUGCCUUUUCGGGUUCCUUGUUGCAUUGACAUUGUUCUUCAGAACAAGGAGCUUCUAUAGGCAGGUUGUGAUCAGAAGGUUAAAGCAUUCUGAGAAACUGUGAGAAGAAAAUGCAUCUGGGUUCACUGUACAGAUACAGCAAAACAGUAUACGCAAUCUGUUCUAAAAUCAGCUGUGCAUGAACAGCCGGGGGAGUGCUUCAUUUUCUGUAUUAAAGGGAGGGAGGGAGGGAGAGAGAUAGGGAGAGAGAGAGAGGAAUUUGUUCUUCCACUUCAAUCUAAUUUACCCAUGCUUAUGGUUUCCCAUGUUUUCAUAUUUAUUUUUAGUGGUAAUCCUUUGAAUUGUUGUGAAUGAGUUACAGUCUCAUUGUGUAAAUUCCCUUUCCUUGGAUGGGAUUCAUGAAGAACACUUGCCUAUUUUAUUAUUGAUAUGUGGUUGAUAUUCA